CAAUAUCUCAGCGUCCGCCAUGUUUCUGAAGCUAACCAACCUUUGGAUCCUUUGGAUCUCUGCGUUCCCCGUUGUGUCCGCAGCCUGUGGGGAGCACCGGUCGCUCAGCACGUGCCUGGCCUUCCGCCGCCAAGACUUGUGCGCCUGGGAUGUGGCGGCGAAGCGCUGUGUGGCCGCCAGAGGCUGCGAAGCGCGACGGUCGCCACGGGAAUGCGAAAGUGAACUGACCACAGGAGCCACCUGGGAUGACACGCAGAACCAAUGCUUUUGGGACCUGCGCAUGAAGCAAUGCCGCUGGAGCGACGAAUGCUUCGCGCCUGGGAAGGAGGAAUGUCUUCGAGCCCAAUGCUCGUGGAGGAAGGUGUGCACACCUCAGGACAUGGCCUCCCGUCCUGGCCCCAACGUCUGCUUCGACACCUGUCGCAUCCCAUCGGCCAAUGUCUCGUUGAUGCCCCAUGAUACGCACGGAAGGGCGGAGCGGGCCAUGGCGCCAAAACGGCCAGGGAGUAGCAAAGUGGUGCACACCAGCACUGGACCCGUUCAAGGUAACCAGCUUCUUGGCUUGGCCGAGUUCCUGGGCAUUCCCUUUGCGCAGGCGCCGGUGGAGCAGCGCCGCUGGGCACCCUCGGAGAAGAUGGAGAGUUGGAACCAGGUCUUCCAGGCCACAGAAUUUAGCGCUGCCUGUGCACAGCAAAGCGGCUACUACGCUGGAAGCCUUGGAAAGUGCCAAGGCCUCACACGUGGGAAAUGCCUUGGAUAUUCCGAGGACUGCUUGACCUUGAACAUCUGGUCUCCCAGCGACCAAUCCAGCCUGGCUGCCCCAAAAGCAGUGCUGUUCUGGAUCCACGGGGGAUGCUACGUCAGUGGAUCUGCCGCGGAUGCCGAAUACAACGCCACCGAACUGGCGCAGAAGCAGGACGUGGUGGUGGUCUCGGUUCAGUACCGCCUGGGCGUCUUCGGCUUCCUGGGAUCUCCCCACAUCCGCUCCAGGGAUCCAAAGGGCUCCACAGGGAACUAUGGGCUCAUGGACAACAUCGCUGCCUUGCAGUGGGUGCAGCAAAACAUCGCGGCCUUUGGGGGUGACCCAAAUCGAGUGACGAUCUUCGGAGAGUCAUCAGGUGCAGGUUCCGUCAGCCUUUUGCUGGGCGUCAAGGAGUCUUGGCCCUACUACCAUCGAGCCAUUAUGGAGAGUGGCACAGGCUCCUUCUGGAGCUACAUCACCCUGGAUGCUGCAAAGGGCAACUGGCAGCAGGUGCUGAAUGCCACCAAGUGCAGCUCCGAGGACGCGCAUCCCGACGGUCCUGUGGCCUGCAUUUUGUCGGCCUCCAGUAGCGUCCUGACCUACGCAGUGGAGCUGGUGCCGUGUCGCGAUGGCUGCACCUGGGCACCGGUCUUGGAUGGCGUCUUUCUGCGAGGUACGCCAGUGCAGCUGGCCAAGGCUGGCUUGCUCAGGCCGAACACUCCCAGCAUCUCCGGCUUCAACAAGGAUGAUGGCGCCAUGUUCGUGACUGGCUAUCCAAUCUCUAUGGUGAGCAUGUCGCAAAGUUCUUUGGACAGCUACUUCUCUGAACGCUAUGGAGAGGAGCGAAAAUCUCAGCUGCAACAGCUCUUUCCUCCAAAAACAACGGGCACUUGGUGGAUCUCCAAGUACUUCCAGGCGGCCCAAGCCUGUGAAACAGACUUCAGUUACUCCUGCACUGCCAUGUGGAUUUCAACUUGGUCGAGCCCAUCCUUUGUUUACAAGUUCUCGCAGCCAGACUCCCAAGGUCUGACACUCCAUGGGGAUGAGAUCCCUUAUAUCUUCGGAACCUUGGAAUCGCCAUCGAGCAGUGAUCUUCAAGUAUCACAGUGGAUGAUGAAGUACUGGGCCAAUUUUGCAAAAACAGGUGACCCCAAUGGCCCCGGCUUGCCCCACUGGCCUUCCUGGCAACAGCCUCCGGCUUCGUUGCUGAACAUCAGUGACCAGCCGGUGCUGGCGGAGGCUCCCAAUAACAGCUGGCCCGGCUGUGGCUUCUUUUUGUCGAACUGGGACUUCUAUUCCCUCUGUCUGCCAGGCGAAAAAAGAUCUGUCAACCUGUCCCAGAUCAUGGUGUGACAGCACCCAAACAACAUCAAAUCUCUUCAAGUAGGCGCCAAAGUGGCCUAGGUACAAAGUCGUUUGAAUAUGUUUGAAUGAUGAAAUGCUGCUGGUAGAUGACACCCCACCGGAUGCUGAGUGAUUGGCCCGGCACAGUUCCGGCAAGGUCGGCAGGGCCUUGUAAAGGGUGUCCUGUUCCAUAGCUCAUGUAGGAUGAGCAGAAAAAAGCUGUGCGGUUUGCACGAUUUGGACGUUCACUCGCUGGGAGAUGAAAC